UUAUCAUCAAAAUGUAUUUUUCUAAUAGUGGCCCUUAUUUUCCCUCAUAGAAGUGAAUGUAAAUGUAUUACUGCAUUCAAUUUAUUACAAAACGUAGUUUGAAAACAGUUUCACUUUCGGAAUCAACCGGCUGCGGGGGAAUGAGGGAGAGUUACAUUCUAUUUAUUUAUUCAUUCAUUUUUAAAGCAAUUUUAUUUGGUAAGGCCAACAAACAGAGGACAUUAAGAGAAGCAGGCAUAAAGGAGACAUGGCUGAAAAUACACAUUUCCAAAGAGGAAAAUAGAUAACAGUCUUAGUUGCUUUUGAAAAAUGUCCUAACAUACAGUCUACUGUGUGUAGAGCAGAUUGAAAUACAGUGAACAAAGGUUAUAUUUAUACGAAUUCACAUAUUUUGCCUUGAUAUAUAUUUGGUAUUUGAAAAUUAAAAUCGUUCUGAAAGACUUAUUUCUUUCGUAAGAGUCGCUUCUGAGCUCCGAUUGGUCAGAUUCAGAGCUUAAGCCGUUCUGAUAUGUUUGUGGAGGAGACCAGGUGUUCUCAGGUGUUCUCAGGUGUUCUCAGGUUCAGGUGUUCUCAGGUUCAGGUGUUCUCAGGUGUUCUCAGGUUCAGGUGUUCUCAGGUGUUCUCAGGUUCAGGUGUUCUCAGGUGUUCUCAGGUGUUCUCAGGUGUUCUCAGGUUCAGGUGUUCUCAGGUGUUCUCAGGUGUUCCGGUUUCCUCUUCUUCUUUCUCUCGUUUUAAAGCGCGAUGAUUGAGCUGAUGCUGCUGCUGCUCACCUGCCAUGUCGCUUCUCCAGCACUGCACUCUCUGAAGCAUGUCUACACUGCUUCCUCUGAGGUCCCCAACUUCCCCGACUUUGUGGCCGUCGUGUUUGUCGAUGGGUAUCAAACGGACCGCUACGACAGCGUCACCAAGACGACGGUACCCACACAGACCUGGAUGAGCCGGGUCAUGGCCGACGACCCGGAGUACUGGAAGAGGCAGACGUUGUACUGGGAAGGUCAAGAGCAGAUAGGAAGGGUCAACAUUGAGCUUUUAAAGGCACGCUUCAACCACACGGAAGGCAUCCAUGUGAUCCAGGUGUUGAACGGCUGUGAGUGGGACGACGAGACUGGGGACGUUUUUGGUUUUGGUCUGAUCAGUUAUAAUGGAGACGACAUCUUGAUAUUGGACAUGAAGGCACAGAGAUGGAUCGCCACUAAACCACAGCUUCUUAGAAGCCAACAUAAGUGGAAUAACGACAAGAGUUGGUUAGAAUUCAUGGAGCACCGUUUGACCAAGGAGUGCCCCGUGAGGCUGAAGAACAGUUUGGAGUACGGGAGGAGCACUCUGAACAGAAUAGAGCUUCCUUCUCUGUCUCUCCUCCAGAAGAUUCCGUCGUCACCAGUGAGCUGCCACGCCACGGGUUUCUACCCCGACAGAGCGGCGAUGUUCUGGAGCAGAGACGGAGAGGAGAUCCACGAGCUGGUGGACCACGGCGAGCUCCUUGAAAACCACGACGGUACGUUCCAGAUGAGCGUGGACCUGGAUCUCUCGCUGGUCCAACCUGAUGACUGGUGGAGGUACAAGUGUGUGUUUCAGCUCUCCGGGGUAGAGGAUGACCUCUUCACCAAGCUGGACCCAGCGGUGAUCAGGACUAACUGGGUUGAGGAGCCCGCUGACUCAACACUCCCCAUCUCGUUGUCUGCGGCGGUCGCAGUGUUCAUCAUCCUCACAGCCGCCGCCGGAGUCUCCGUUUACAAGAAGAGAAAAGCCAAGUGCAUUUCAAAUUCUCCUGACAACAUUGAGCUCUCUAAGAAACUGAGAGCAGAAUCCUGAUUCCACACAGACCUCAGUGCUCACAGUUUAUAGUAGAGGUGGACUGGAGCCAGAAGAGAUGUUGUCACAUCUGUAAUAGUGGAGAAAGCAGGUCAUUUAUUCUUCUCGCAUGAAACUGAUGUUUUUAAUUGGAUCCUAAAAUUUUAUCCAGAAACCUGACAGAUUGUUUGACAAACCUUUUACUCGGUGGAGGACUCAGGCUGUCUGAGGAGCAAAAAGAAUAAAAGGGCAAAAGUUUCAUGCGAUCGGGCACCAGAACGUUUUUUAGCAUGUAGAGAGGCCUAUUUGGCACUUAAUCAUGUUUUCUCCACCGGGAGGACACGUUAGAGGGCGCUUUAUUAUGUUUUCUCCACCGGGAGGACAAUUUAAAGGGCACUUAAUUGUGUUUUCUCCACUUGGAUGUCACUUUAGAGGGCACUUAAUCACGUUUUCUCCACUGGGAGGUCACCCUAGAGGGCAAUGUAAUACGUUUUCUCCACCAGGUGGACACUUUAGAGGGCACUUUAUCAUGUUUUCUCUCCUGGAAGGUCGCCCUAAAGGGUGCUUUAUUAUGUUUUCACCAACAGGUGGACACUUUAGAGGGCACUUUAUCAUGUUUUCUCCACCGGGAGGUCACCCUGGAUGGCGCUUUAUUAUGUUUUCUCCACUGGGAGGACAUUUAAGAGGGCACUGUGCUAUUUUUUAUCGACUGGGAGGACACAACAGAGGGCCCCUUAUGGUGUUUUCUCCACUGGAAGGAAACUUUAGAGGGCACCUUAUCAUCUUUUCUCCACUCGGAGGUCACCCUGAAACCGUCAAUUGUUUCUGUUAAAUGGUGUGAUGUUAUGCUUAUUUUCACAUGAAUGGACACACUCACAUUUGCUAACACAUGUUUACAGAUGAACACAAACACAACGCAUAUAAAAAAAUAAAAAUAAAAACAUUUUCUUUAAAUAUUCUCUCUCAAAUGUUUCUAUUAAACAGAGUUUGGUUCAAAGCGGUACUUUGUGUUGGAUUACAUUUGAACCAAAUUUAAGCCAAAUAUAACUAUUAUAUUUUAUCUUUUGAUACUUAGAAAGUGUUGACAAUAUGUUGUUUAAGAUUCAAAUAAAAAUAUAUAUUUACAUUUUAUAUUUUUAUUUUACACGAUCCGUGCUGCAUUUGUAGAAAGUCUCACUGAAAGCUAAAUAAAUAAAACCAAGUAUAGCUCCUGUAUUGAGAGUGUCCACAGUAAAUGUAAAACCUGCUGCUGUUAGUGGUGGUUAUUAAACAAUAACAUUUUACAUUAUCACCCGAUCCUGCUAAUAAACAACUUGGCUGUUAGGGUCUACGUUGUGAUAAUCUUCAUGAUCUAUGUUUAUUGUUAAAGAGGAGAGGCGAGCAGUUUCCAGUUUAAACUUUUGAAAUGGAUUGUCAUUAGUGUUUCCAUGGUUUUUAUAACUUAUUUGAAUGUUGUGAGGGAUGAAAUAACAUAAUUAUAACUAAACUUGAUGGUUCCUCCAAAUAUAUAUUUACACAUACUUUGGAAUAUAUACAUUUUGAAGAGUAAAACACCGUUUGUCAUUGUGUUGUUUUUUUGUUUGUUAAAGAUAUCUGUGAACAAGGAAAUGUACACCAACUAAGAAUGGUUGAAACUUAACUUUAAAAUGCUGGACAAGAAAUACAAACAGUCUAAAGUGCAGUUUGCUGUUUUGCUUUU